AUGUCGUUACCGGAGCCGGAAUUUGGCGAAAAAACGUUCCGGCCGAUCUCGAAAUGCGACGUCUCCGCCAUCAAUCACCGGUCGGUGGCGGCGGAUCUCGACGGAACUCUGUUGAAAGCGAGUUCAGCUUUUCCAUACUACAUGCUUGUAGCGAUCGAGGCCGGCAGCCUCCUUCGUGGACUUGUUCUCUUGCUUUCGUUUCCGAUUAUUGCUAUUGCGUACAUUUUCAUUUCGGAGGCUUUAGCUAUACAGAUGUUGAUCUUCAUCUCGUUCUCCGGUAUCAAGGUGAAGGACAUCGAACUUGCGUCACGCGCCGUACUGCCGCGGUUCUAUGCGGCGGACGUGAGGAGUGAUAGUUUUGAAGUUUUCGAUAGUUGUGAGAGGAAAGUAGUUGUGACGGCGAAUCCGACAGUUAUGGUGGAUGCGUUUGUGAAGGAUUAUUUGGGAGCGGAGAAGGUGCUAGGAACGGAGAUCGAGGUGAAUGAGAAGACGAAGAGAGCAACGGGAUUCGUAAAAGAGCCUGGUGUUUUGGUCGGUAAAUGGAAGAAGCUGGCGAUUUUGAACGAGUUUGGUGAAAAUUCGCCUGAUAUUGGACUUGGUGAUCGGAAAUCUGAUCACGAUUUCAUGUCCGUUUGCAAGGAAGGUUUCAUGGUGCCUAAAGACGAAUCGGCAGCCAUCGUAUCCCGAGAUCGCCUCAAAACCCGAUUGAUCUUCCACGAUGGCCGCCUAGUCCAACGCCCCACUCCGUUUAAUGCUCUCAUCACCUACAUUUGGCUUCCAUUCGGAUUCAUUCUCUCCCUUAUCCGUGUUUACUUCAAUCUCCCACUUCCUGAGCGAAUAGUCCGUUACACCUAUGGCAUGCUCGGGAUCAAGCUCGUGAUUCGUGGCAACCCACCGCCACCACCCUCACCUGGGACCCCUGGAAACCUCUACGUAUGCAACCACCGAACCGCUCUAGACCCCAUCAUCAUCGCCAUCGCWCUUGGCCGCAAACCRUUUUGCGUSACRUACAGYGUMAGCAARCUCUCRMGGUUCMUKUCWCCGAUCCCYGCCAUYGCCCURACCCGUGACCGUGAAGCGGAUGCUGCCCGGAUCAAAGAAUUGCUUCAGAAAGGUGACCUGGUGGUCUGCCCGGAGGGCACCACGUGUCGUGAACCGUUUUUGUUGCGGUUCAGUGCGUUGUUUGCUGAAUUAAGUGACAGGAUCGUGCCGGUGGCAAUGAAUUUGAAGCAGAACAUGUUCAAUGGCACGACGGUUCGUGGUGUCAAGUUCUGGGACCCGUACUUCUAUUUCAUGAACCCGAGUCCGACAUAUGAGAUCACGUUUUUGGAGCGGUUGCCGGAGGAAAUGACUGUUAAGGGCGGCGGGAAAACGUCGAUCGAGGUGGCGAAUCAUGUGCAGAAAGUGUUGGGUGGUGUUUUGGGAUUUGAAUGCACCAAUUUGACUAGAAAAGAUAAGUACUUGUUGCUUGGUGGGAAUGAUGGGAAGGUGGAAUCAAUGUAUGGUAAGAAAGCAAACUAAUACAACAAUCCAAACUAGUCGAGUAAAAUGGUGGUUGAUGGUGGUUAUGGGUGGUGGUUAUUGGGUAGUUGUUUACUAGGGGUAUUGUAUUUGAAUUUGAACCAUGAAAACAAUCUCUAGAUUCUUUCAAUUUGUGAUAAAAAUUUCUUGUGGUAUAUAUGUUUGUU